CCUCGUCCCACAUCCCGGCCCUGUCCGUCCUUGCUGCUUUUGCUGCCAUGUCCGCCUUCGCCACGGCCUCCUCUCCGGCCUCGUCGCGCUCGGCCUCGCCGCGCGAAGUGGGCGAACGGGGGCGGCUGGCGCCGACCUUGGCGGCCGGGGUCGCGUUAAGAUGUGUCGUUGCUUUGGGUCCUCAUUCUGGGCAGGGGACUCCGCCCAUGUAUGGGGAUUACGAGGCCCAGCGCCACUGGAUGGAGCUCACGACCGCCCUGCCGGUGCGGAGCUGGUACGAGCCGGGCCCCGACAACGACCUGCAGUAUUGGGGCCUCGACUACCCCCCGCUCACCGCGUUCCAUUCCUGGCUACUGGGGAUCGUGGGCCACGGGGUGGAUCCGCCCUGCUUCGCGCUGCACAGCAGCAGGGGCCACGAGAGCCUCCGGUGCAAGGCCUUCCUCCGUGCUUCCGUCCUGGUCUCGGAUCUGUUAAUCUACCUGCCAGGCGCGCUAUGGUCCUCGAACUUCUUCGGCGGGCGCCGUACUGCACAGCAGCUCUGGAUGUUGUUGCCACUGGUCAUCAUUGACCACGGGCACUUCCAAUAUAAUGGCGUCUGCUUGGGCUUUUGCCUCGCUGCCUCUGGGUGCGUGGCGCGCAGCUGGCACGUCCUGGGCAGCGUCUUCUUCACAUCAGCCCUGCUCUACAAGCAGAUCGCGCUCUACUACGCCCCGGUCUUCUUUUUCGCCAUCCUCGGUCAAUGCCUGCGCGGCCGCAACCUGAGCGCUGUGGCCUGGGGCGUCGCGCGCGCCGGCGCAGCGGUGCUGGGCACGGUGCUGCUGCUGCUGGGGCCGUGGUUGUUGGGCGAACGCCCAGCGGCGGAAGUUGGGCAAGUGCUACAUCGAAUGCCACGUGGUUUCCCUUCGCGCGGGGCCUCUACGAGGACAAAGUCGCCAACGUCUGGUGCUCCAUCUCCGUGGUGCUCAAAGUCCAGCGCCUCGUCUCUCCGGAGCGCCUUCCUCUGCUCUGUGGCUCGACCACCUUGCUGGCCCUGCUGCCCUCGGCCUUUUGCCUUUUCCGCCGAACCGCCGGACCAGGUUGGCCAUGGCAUGCUUCUGAAAUCAUGUCAAUGUGGACAUCUAUUCGUCCCUUCUGAGCCCCUCCUGCGCGGACCUGGCGCCUCAGGGACCUUUGCAGCGGCGCUCUUCACAUCGUCCAUGUCCUUCUUCCUCUUCGCCUUCCAGGUCCACGAGAAGGGCGUGCUCUUCCCCUGCCUCGCCUUCUGCCUUCUGGCCGGAGCGGCACCCAGCGGCGUGACGCGGAAGAUGGCACCGGCCCUGGCGCUGCAGUUCCAGUUAGUGAGCCUCUUCUCCAUGUAUCCGCUGAUGGUGAAGGACGACCUUUGCCUGGCUUACCUCUUUAGUGUUAGCGCUUUGCUGGUGGCGCUAGUUCUUCAGCUGGGCCACCACUCCAAAGUCUUCUGGGUGGGGUCGCUGCUGUUCCCGGGCCUCGUGGCACACGCGCUGCACGCGCUGGUGCCACCGCCGGCGCGGUAUCCGGAUCUGUGGACCUUGCUGAUCACCAGUGCCAGCUGCGGGUACUUCCUUCUGAGCUUGCUGGGUGUCACCUACCUCCAGCUCUUGGGCGCCUUCGAUGAGAAGCCCAAAGACCUCUGAACCGCGGGACGUGGCUUCGGGAAAAACCACUUACUUGCGGAGGAAGCCUUCGUCAAGGCUGUGGAGAGGCUGGGUGUGGCGCUGCAUCCGGGAAAGCUCUUUCACAUGCUCAAGAG